GUUUAGCGUAACCUCGAACUUGACCUUGGAAGUAGUCUUAACUUUCUCUUUGCUUCGUUCGGUAUGACGGCGGAGGUCAUGAAAAACUUGGGCUCGGAGGUUAGGACGCUUAAACUAUCUGGCAAUGUUGGAUUCGACAGUUUACCCGAUCAAUUAGUUAACAAAGCAAUCAUUCAAGGUUUUUCCUUCAACAUUUUAUGUGUUGGCAAGCUUCCACCUUAUUAUCUGACGCAUAUAGGUGAAACUGGGUGCGGAAAGUCCACUCUAAUUGAAACAUUUUUUAAUCAAAAGUUUGAUUUUUCUCCUUCAUCACACGACCUCUCUGAUCCAAAACUCAAGGAAUCAACUUUCGAUAUGAAGGAGGCAAACGUUAAGUUAAAAUUAACGGUAAUCGAAACUUGCGGUUUUGGAGACCAGAUAAAUAAGGAAGACAACAUUCGACCUGUCGUUGAUUAUAUUAAUGCUCAGUUCGAGAAAUAUCUACAGGAAGAGCUCAAAAUGAAGCGAUCUUUGCAGAACAUUCACGAUUCAAGAGUCCACGUUUGCAUUUAUUUUAUAGCUCCUACUGGUCACAGCCUCAAAUCCCUAGACGUUGUUGCAAUGAAAGCGCUUCAGAAUAAAGUAAAUGUAGUACCGGUGAUUUCCAAAUCCGAUACGGUCACAAAAGCGGAAAUGAAUCGGUUCAAAUCAAAGAUAUUGGCAGAAAUAAAGUCUAACGAGAUCGACAUCUACCAGUUUCCAACGGAUGAUCCAUCUGUUAGCGAUUUGAAUUCUCGGAUGAACCAACUGGUCCCGUUCGCUGUUGUUGGCAGUUCUGAAGAGGUCAAGAUCAACGGCAAAAACACACGAGUUCGACAGUACCCUUGGGGAGCAGUUCAGGUGGAGAAUGAGAAUCACUGUGAUUUCGUGCGAUUGCGAGAAAUGCUACUUCGGGUAAACAUGGAAGAUUUACGCGAGCGUACACACACUGUACAUUACGAGACCUAUCGACGACAGCGACUCAUCGAGAUUGGCUAUCGAGAUGAUGAAAAGAUGUCCCUUCAGGAAAUCUAUGAAAAACGCCGUGAGCUACAGCGGAAAGAAUUGCAACAAAAGGAGGAGGAAAUGCGUCAACUGUUCGUCCAGCGAGUCAAAGACAAGGAGCAGGUGUUGAAAGAAGCUGAGCGUGAGCUUCAGGCUAAAUUCGAGGCUCUCAAGCGGACACACGCCGAGGAGAAAAAAAAGCUGGAAGAGAAGAAACGGGCUCUUGAAGAUGAAAUGGCCGCUUUUGAACGCCGAAAGCUGUUAGCUGAACAGGCGAAGCAAGGAAACUUCACAAUGAAAAAGAAAAAGUGACAGAAUCCAGUCGGACUAACCGCUAUUGUUCUCUUUGUGCAGGAUACUGACGCUAUCGUUGUGCUGCAUUGCGUUCCCAGUGACAUUUGUGCUGACUUUUUUUUACCCACUGCGAAUACUACUCAUUUUCCAUUUGCUUUUAAUUACGCAAAAGUCUUAUGCUACUGUUUGAGUAAACUGCAUGUCGGCCACACCUGCGAUCGAUCUCCUUAUGCGUUACUCUAUGAAUAUGUACUUGUUAUUUCAACUGUGACCGCAUGUUCCCAUCCACAACAGUGUGGUACCCUAUAUCCUCAUGAAGCCGUAUUGUUUCAAGGCAUGACUUUUUGAAUAAAGAACGGAUUGCUUUUCUA